UUGACAAAAUUGACAGGUCUUUAAGCCGAAAUUCUAUCUGAAUAGGAAGUGCUGAUUUUCCUAGUAAUUGUGAAUAAAAUGUAGUCUAAUUAAAAGCAAAUAUUCAUUAUUUAUUCAUAAUUGUUCUGGCGUUUCUCUUUUUUUAUUGUGUUUUUAUUCCUUAAAUAGAAAAGCAAUGAGUGUGCAGUGUCACAGGAAGUUUUAGUGGUGUUUCAAAAAGAGAAAGUUAAGAAGCAUGUCUUUAUUUAAGGGUUUUCGAGUUCUUGAAAAAUCAAAACCACCCAAUCCUCAUAGUAUAUUGCUUGAAUUUCGAUCAAGAGAAGAAACUUUGCUGUUUGAAUCCAAUGCAGUUGCUGUUCUCUCUGCACAAGAAACCGAAGCUGUUAAAAAACAAUAUACAAAGAUAGCUGAUGCUUAUGCAAGCUUGGGAGUCUUACAGCUAAAUGCUGGAGAAUCCAGCAUCUUAUAUCUUGUAAUGGUUACAGGUUGCUUUUCAGUAGGCAAAAUUGGCGACUCGGAAAUUUUUCGAAUAACACAGACACAAUUUAUUCCUUUACAUUACCAACAAAAUGAAGAUAGAAUUGUUGAAGUGAGGAAAUUACUCAAUUCUGGUACACUUUAUUUCUCCUGGAGUCCUAAUCGUGGAGCAGCAUUAGAUUUGACUCUGUGUGCUCAAAGAAGGCAAAAAACUUUGCAAACAGACAAUAGAUUCUUUUGGAACCGUAUGCUGUAUAUACAUCUUGUUCGUUUUGGAGUAGACUGUAAUUCAUGGCUUGUCCAGGCUAUGUGUGGAUCAGUUGAAAUAAGAACAGUGUAUGCUGGACACAGAAAGGCAACUGCAGCAGUCAUUUCCAGGCUAAGCUGUGAAAGAGCAGGAACAAGGUUUAAUGUUAGAGGAACUAAUGAUGAGGGCCAUGUAGCAAAUUUUGUUGAAACUGAACAAGUAAUUUAUUUGGAUAAUGAAAUUGUUUCAUAUUUGCAAACACGAGGUUCAGUGCCUCUUUUCUGGGAGCAGCCAGGUGUUCAAGUUGGAGCCCACAAAGUCAAAAUAUCUCGAGGUUUUGAAGCAUCUAAGGCAGCGUUUGAUCGUCAUAUGCAAACUUUAAAGCAGCGCUAUGGCAGUCAAGUAAUAGUUAAUUUAUUGGGCACUAGUGUUAUUGGUAGCAAAGAGGGGGAAGCUCUACUGAGUCACGAAUUUCAGAAACACCAUAAAGAGUCUGCGCAUGCAGAUACUCCGCAUAUUGUGUUUGACUACCAUCAGGAAUGUAGGGGCGGUAAUCAAACUAAUUUAGCUAAACUUAAGGCAAGAGUAGAACAAAAAAUGCAAGAAUUCGGAUUUUAUCAUGCACAAGGUCGAAACGUUUGCAGCUUACAAACUGGAACGAUUCGUACUAACUGUCUAGACUGUUUAGAUAGAACAAAUUGCGUUCAAACAUUCUUUGGUUUAGAGGUAUUAGCAAAACAAUUGGUUGCAAUGCAAUUGGUUGAUAAGAAACAAACAGUGACCCGAUUCGAAGAAGUCUUUAAACAAAUGUGGAUAAAUAAUGGAAAUGAAGUAAGCAAAAUUUAUGCAGGUACCGGAGCCAUACAGGGAGGAUCUAAGCUGAUUGACGGAGCACGAUCAGCAGCCAGAACAAUUCAAAACAAUCUCCUUGAUAACUCAAAGCAAGAAGCCAUUGAUGUACUUUUAGUAGGGUCAACACUUGAUAGUGAAUUAGCGGACCGUGCUAGAACAUUGCUACCCUACAACACAUUGCAUGCACCUCCUCAUGUACUACGUGAAAUGUGUAAUCUCUACAAAGAGUACACCUCUCCUAUAACAGCUCGUGUGGCAGUUGGUACUUAUAAUGUUAAUGGAGGAAAACAUUUCCGCAGUGUAGUUUACAAAGACGUAUCUUUAUCCGAUUGGUUAUUAGACUCUCAUCUUCUUAACGGGUCUAAACUCGUCAAUGUAUCUCACGAAGAGGUCGCUCAAAUUCCUGUCGACAUCUUCGCCGUUGGUUUCGAGGAAAUCGUAGACCUAAACGCCGCCAAUAUUAUGGCUGCCAGCAGUGAAAAUGCUAAAAGUUGGGCUGAGGAAUUACAAAAAGUCUUGUCACGCGAUAAACCUUAUGCUCUGCUUACAUAUCAACAGUUGGUGGGGGUUUGUUUGUACAUUUACGUCAGACCAGAGCACGUACCAUACAUACGAGACGUUGCCAUCGAUUCAGUAAAGACUGGACUGGGGGGAGCAACUGGUAAUAAAGGAGCUGUCGCUAUUCGAUUUAUAUUUCAUGCAACGACUGUGUGUUUUGUUUGUGCCCACUUUGCUGCUGGGCAAUCACAGGUCAAUGAAAGGAAUGCAGAUUACGCCGAAAUUACCAGGCGAAUUGCAUUUCCAAUGGGUCGUUCCUUAAACUCCCACGAGUACGUGUUUUGGUGUGGAGAUUUUAAUUAUCGAGUUGAUAUGGACAAAGAAGAGAUGAAGGAAUUAAUUCGUCAGGGUGACUUAGAAACGGUCCUAGAAUUCGAUCAGUUAAAGAAACAACGCGAAGCGGGAAAUGUGUUCAAGAACUUCAUAGAAGGCGAUGUUACAUUUCCACCAACUUAUAAAUAUGACUUGUUCAGUGACGACUACGACACCAGCGAAAAAUGUCGUGCUCCUGCAUGGACUGAUCGAGUGCUGUGGAAACGUCGACAAAUGGGGUUAGAGAACUCUGGUCGUAACGACAACUGGUCUCCUGGUACCUUGGUGUACUAUGGUCGUGCGGAGUUAAAACAGAGCGACCAUAGACCAGUUAUUGCUGUGAUAGAUAUCGAAGCUUGCCAAGUCGAUCCGGAAAGAAGGGAUCAAAUAUUUUUCCAGGUAAUUGCCAACUUGGGACCUCCAGAUGGAACUAUUAUAAUCCAUUGUGAGACUCCCCCCGAGAACGCAGAUGGUACAGUGUUUGAUGAUAAUUUAAUGAUGGUUUUGUUGAAUGAGUUGUCUCAUAUUGGGGAGGUUAUAUUAGUAAGAUUUGUAGCUGAUACCAUGUGGGUAACCUUUAGGGAUGGUCAGUGUGCUCUUAGUGCAGCCGCGAAGAAGGUUGUACGGGUAUUGGACUAUAAUUUAACGAUUUCUUUAAAAACCCCGAACUGGGUAAAGUUGGUGAAACAAGAAAUUGAUUUGUGUUCGAGUAACGCAGUUCCACUAUAUGAAUCAAAUUACACGUCAGAUUACAAUUGUCUAGGCAUUCCAGAAGUUAAUAAAAAUGUACCUCCUCGUCCAACCCCUCCUGUUAGGCCUCCACCACCUCCUGGAAGCGCUCCUCUUACUCCAAAAAGGACCAUUCCAGUGGCGGGUGUAAUUAGCAUUCCUCCCAAAGAAGCAGCCCCUCCUCCUAAAAAUCCUCCACCAGAUUUACCACCAGAAGAAACUGGUAUUUAUGAAGAAAUUAAUGACGAAGACAUUAGUCGCCCUGAACCGCAAAACCCUCCCCCUCCACCACCUCGACUUGAAAAUAACGGGAGCCAGAGGGGGCCACCACCUGUGCCCGCGAGAUCUGCCCCACCCCCUCCUUUACCUGCUCGACCACCACGUUAAAAUUGUUAUUUAAUCAAAUGAAAUUAAAAAUAUGGAGAAUUGAAUAUGUAGAAUACUUGAGGGAUGCUUCAUAACAAUUUUGUUUCUUAGUUCGAAUUUUAUUGAUAUUAGGUUGAUAUUCUCUAUAGAAAAAAAUAUGUCUAAGUAUAUACAAAACAUUUAUUGAUGCGAAUUUAAUUAGAAAAAUUACCGGAUGGUUAAUGGAAGGGUUAUUUCAUAUGAAAGUAUUUUAAAUUUAAUGUUGCACUCCCUUUAAUUGUUGAUAGAAUUAUAUAAAACAUGCAUGCAGAUUUUGAACUUUUAAUUUUAAAAUUUUAUGGCACAAUAUUUUACAUUUUCCAUUGAUUCCUAAAUUUUUCCUAAACUAUAAAAAAUAGAGAAUUUUUUUUAAAUUCAAGAAAGUUAGUACUGAUAGCUAAUAAGAGAAGGAAAAAAAUCUGAUUUCUUUUAAGUAAGAAUCUACUAGUACUGUAAAGGAAAAGGAAGAAAUACAUUAAAUUUAAAAGUGCUUUAAAUAGGAAAUACCCGUUGAUUAAUAAUUAAUUUUAACACGAACAAAAAGGCAUCUCUGUAAUUACGUUAUAAAAACUGAAUACCUAGUCAAAUAGUCAACAAAAUAUUUGUCUUUAUAGAUACAUACAAGUAGUAUGGCUGUGGCUGUUAAGAUAAUUUUGCAAUAUAAUUAGCGAUUUUUUGUUUUCAAUUUUUAGUUACAUGAGUGUAAUCUCAUUUUUUUGCGGCUGAUUAGGUUGCUAACAAAGUUAUUAAAUAUUUAGGCUUAUAUUAUGGCAAAUGAUCAAUUAUUUUUUAAUAUUUGUUGUACUUGUCGAUUAAUCGAUAAAGCGAUAACUAAUUCAUUAACAGUGCGGAAAAUAUAGAUAGGAGAAAAUAAUUAUUUCUUUUAACCAAUUAAAAUAAAAUUAACUGUAAAAAUUUUUACAGUAAAAAGAAAGUAAUGUUGUAGUUGUGCAGAUGAUGGGGCUUUCUCUCUCUCCAUCAAGUAUUACGCUAAAAAGGGUGGAGAGGGAGGUAGGGAAGACCUUGUAGAACACUGAAUAAGUGUAUAUUAGGUGGGGGGAAGAGAUGUGAAGACACAAGGGUUGAAAGUGAAGAUUGAAAAUGAUAAUUAUUAUUUAACUAAUGAAACCUUUACUCGUAGGUAAGGCAAAUAGGGGAAGGGAUAGAGAUGGCUUUGUAGAACAAUAAAAAAGUUUUUAGGUGAAAGCGAAAGGGGGAGGCGCAGGGGAUGAGUGAUAUAAUUCCGUCGUCUGCACAAUUACCAUGUUUUGUAUAUCAAUACGUAAUUUUUGUAUUUUUUGUAAUGUCUGUUCAAGUACUUUGCAAAACCAUAUUCCAUUUUUUCCUAUUCUUUAUUCCUAUUAUGUACAUUAUUAUUAAUAAUAAAAUGUUUAGUUUUUAAUCGUAGCU